AUGGGUAUUAAGGAAGCCUGUCGGAUAUAUGGCGUACCAAAAACAACAGUACAUGAUCGUAUUUCAGGCAAAGUUGCCAAUAAUGAGAAACCAAAAGUUGGCCCUGACCCUAUUUUAGGUCGUGAGGCAGAAGAAAAAUUAAAAACUUGGGUACUGGACAUGGCUAAAUGUGGCUUUCCAAUAAAUAAAAAAGAGUUACUCGAAAGCGUUGCUAAUAUAGUACGAGAUACGAACAUUAAAAAUCCAUUCAAGGAUGGUGUUCCUGGAGACACAUGGUAUCAAGCUUUUUUAAGACGUCAUCCCGAUGUAAAUGUUAGAGAGCCGGAGGGAAUAAAUAAUGCACGAGCAGCAGUAACGGAGAAUCGCGUCAGGUUCUGGUUUAAGGACCUAAAAGAAUAUAUGAAAUCCAUUGACGCGCUAGAUGUAUUUGAUGAUCCUUCAAGGAUAUUUAAUGGAGACGAGACAGGGUUUUCACUUUGCCCAAAAAGUGGAAAAGUUUUAGGACCAAGAGGCUAUAAGAACCUGUACAUAAUUAAGAAAACCAAUGAUAAAGAGAACAUCAGCGUCUUAAUUGUAUUUUCGGCAGAUGGUAAAAUAUGUCCACCUUUGGUCAUAUUCCCCUAUGUUAGACCGCCUAAGACCCUCAUUGAAAGUAUGCCUCCGACAUGGAUUCUUGGAAGAUCUGAAAGUGGAUGGAUGAAAAGGAGAAAAGAAACAAGUUACUUUUGGCAUGAGGGCUUGGGUUCUAAAGGUUCUACAGAAAUAGGAACUUGCGUCUACAAGUUUCUAGAGAAAGUUGCUGAAGAGCAUCCAAAUUCUGAUGUUAUUUUCUACAGUGAUAAUUGUUGUGGCCAACAAAAAAAUCGAUAUGUGUUCAGCAUGUAUUAUUAUGCUGUCGAAAAUUUAGCUAUAAAUUCUUUUGUAAAGCAAGAUUAUAAGAGAAACCUACUUCUGAAAGCCGUAUCAAAAGACCAAGCAAUAGAAAAAACAUUAAAAGAAUUUAAUAUGAAGGACUUGGUUUUUGCUCUUUGUCAAUCGUGGAAUGCAUUACCUUCAUCAACUAUUACAUCGUCUUGGAAAAAGUUAUGGCCAGAUAUAGUUGCCACUCCUACCAACGAUCCACAAAUCAGUGUACCUUCAGAAGUAAUAGAGCAAAUUGCUUCUGAAACACAGAUAAGUUCAAAUGAUUUGGAAACCUGGUUCCGUGGAAUGGAUAAAGAGGAAAAUAUUUUUCAUGAAAUGUCUGACGAAGAGAUUAUAAAAGAGAUUUCUAGUUAUAAAACAAUAAAUGAGGAAGAUGAUGACGAAGUAAUUGCAACUACUCCACAAGUGACAACAGAAGACGCGAUUAACGCCUUUGAGCUGGGUUUGGAAUGGGCUGAAGCAAAUGGUGCAUCCUACAACGAACUUCUACUUUUAAGAAGACUGAGGGACAAAGCUUUAAUCUCGCGUUUCAACAACGUUAAACAAAAAAAAAUUGAUGAAUAUUUUCAUGCGUGU